ACGUGCCAGUUCAGGGACUGCGGGGACGUGUCGGCAGCUUCGCAUCGCAUUUGCUUUUUUCUUGUCGGUGUAGGGGACCGUUGAACGUUAUUUCUGGCUGCCUGCAUCGGACGUCGUAUCCUCCUACGCUCCUUUAACUUGGCUUCUCUCGAAUUCACUUUCACAUCACCAUACUUAACGCCCAUCGUCCCCCUAUUCUCCCCUUCUCCCCAGCAUACCUCCCUACUCGUCUACAUUUCCUCGUUAUACAGGCCCCCAUCCUUUCAUUCCGCCUGCAUAACUCACCCGCCGCCACCUUGAUAUUAUCGUUUUUUAUCAAGACCAGCAUCGUUUCUCGACUCUUGUAUUAUAAUCGCGACAGCAGAACUAUUAGUCUGCCAUGGCUUCACUAAACAUGGUAACCCUUCUUACACUCCUCCCAUUCUUAUCACUCGUUGUCGCCUCUCCCUCACCACAAGAUGGAGCGACACCCGGAUAUACUGCCAACAAGCGAGGUUCAUCAAACGCUCCGACACCGCUGAGUUUUGAAAGCGUUGGCGACACUGGUGUCAGUGCACAGCAAAUGUUCUUGGGUAAUGACAAGAAGGUUUAUGUCAUUGACAAGGCAGAAAACAACCCUAUCACCAUUAACGGCGCGUACGGCACCCAUCCCGCAUGGGCCACCGAGUAUGACAUUGAGACGAACGAAUACCGAACUCUCGAUGUGUACUCAAAUACUUUCUGUGCUGGUGGUAAUGUUCUUGGUAAUGGUACUUGGGUCAUCUUCGGUGGUAACCAACCCGUCACAACAGGUGGUGUCGCCUCUACCGAUGCUGCUGCUUACAGCGAUACCGAUGGAGGAAGCGCCAUCCGAAUGAUCAACCCUUGUACCGACGAAACAUGCGAGUACAUCCAAGGCGAAACCUCUUAUGACAAGAGCCAGGGCACGGGCGGCUGGCUUCAAAUGACUGGAAAGCGUUGGUACCCUACGGUCGAGACUCUCGAGGACGGAAGUUUGAUCGUCAUCGGUGGUGACAAGAAUGGUGGUUAUGUCAACACUGCCGCUCAAGAUAACCCCACCUACGAAUUUUUCCCUCCUCGUGACGGGGACCCCGUCAACCUGCAGUUCCUUACUGACACUCUUCCUGUCAAUCUCUACCCCCUUGUUUGGUUGUUGCCUUCAGGUAAACUGUUCAUGCAGGCGUAUCGCAAGACCAUCCUCUACGAUUACACUACCAAGGUAACUACCGACUUGCCCGACAUGCCUUAUGCCACUCGAGUAUAUCCUGCUUCCGCCGCCACUGUCAUGCUCCCUCUUACACCUGCCAACAACUACACCGUUACUCUUCUCUUCUGUGGUGGCUCGAACACUACUCAAUGGGGUGAUGAUGGUAGCGCCGGUUACAACGUCACUGCUGUCCCCGCUGACGGUACAUGUGUCAGGAUCAGCCCCGACACCAACAACCCUCAGUACGAAGAUGAUGAUUAUAUGUUUGAGGGUAGGAGUAUGGGACAGUUUGUCAUCUUGCCUGAUGGAACCUUCUGGAUGGGUAAUGGUGUUGCUAUGGGAACUGCUGGUUAUGGCAACGAACAGUACAGUGUUGGCCAAUCUUACGGUCAGGACCCUCUCUACAUGCCCGCCCUGUACAAUUACUCUGCUCCCAAAGGCUCGCGAUGGAACCGAACUGGUCUUUCUGCCUCUGCCAAUGAACGAAUGUAUCAUUCCACCGCCAUCCUCCUUCCCGACUCCUCCGUUCUCAUCGCCGGUUCCAACCCCAACGCCGAUUUCACCAACGAUCAGUGGCGAAGUCGUACUGAUUCUGAGAAGUGGUACCCUUGGUAUUACAACGAAAAGCGUCCUACUUAUAGCGGUAUGCCUACCAACUUGUAUUAUGGUGGCGACUCUUUCAACCUUACCAUGUCUGGCACCGAUGAGGAUACAGCGAAGGACACCAAAGUCGUCCUCAUCCGAGGCGGUUUCAACACUCACGCUAUGGGCUUUGGUCAGAAGAUGCUCGAGUUGGAAAGCUCCUAUACUAUUGAUAUGAACACUGGCAACACGACUAUUCACGUCUCUCAGUUGCCCGGUAACCCAGGCCCCACUCUCUUCCAACCUGGACCUGCCAUGUUCUUCGUUGUUGUUAAGGGUGUUCCUUCUAUCGGCGAGUUCAUCAUGGUCGGCAACGGUCAACUCGGUGACCAGAACACGACGAACAACGCCGUCCUCCCAGCUAGCACCAUCGUCACCAUCGCCACCACUUCUGCCUCUGCGUCUGCGACCGACUCGAGCUCUACAGCGACCUCUGUCGAUUCUGCUUCCUCCUCCUCUUCGUCAUCAAGCGAAUCUGGUGCAGCACCUGCGCUGUUGAGUGGGAUGGGAAUGGGAAGUGCGAUUGUAGUCGUGCUUUCAGCACUGGCUGUUCUCGCGUAAACAUAAACAGCGUGGAGCUGUAGCUUCCAGCUGUUCCCAUCUGUCUCUCAUCCAGUUCAAUCUCUUUUCAGUUUCAAGAAAAAAUCUUUGUAUCGCCCAACAAUCACAGUUGAACCAUCGAUCGCAUUGCACCACCAUCAUCAUUCCCCAGUUGUCAGAUAUUAAGCCAUGAAAAUCACUCCACCGCCUGGCACUUAUAUGAAGAAGGAAGAACGAAGAAGUAGAAGUUAAACACACGCCGACCUUCAUAUUAUCGCCAACUCAUUAAUUACCAGCAUGGCAUGGCUACAUCCCUUCAACCCUCUAUGCGGCUUUUCUCGCAUAAAGCGUUUCGAGCUGCAUUUAGGGAAUCUCUGUCGCGCUCUUUGGAAAUGGACAUUUCAACAUGACGAAGAAUAUCGUGACCAUCUUGUUAUAUAUGUGUCGCUUUCGUCUAUCUAGCUCUACUUUACCGCUCUUUAUACGGACUCUUUUUUAAUUACACUGUUUUCCACAUCUCUCCAACGCCUCUUUCCCCCAGCACAAUUUAUUCUCGCUGGGGUUGAAUGACGUUUUGAUGGACUUUUUUAUAUAGCAGCGUAACAUAUUAUCGCUUGCUUUGUCUUUUGUCUUUUUACGUUAUUUUUCUUUGCCACACGACGUUUGUUCUUAUGUGAGAUCGUAUUGCUGUGGGAGAAAGGCAUCAGAGGCGGAUAAGAUGAAUAAUGUAGUAGGUAAAUAAGUAGAAAGAGAUGGGUUUCUUCUUCUUAUCCCAUUUCUCUCAUGUCGAUAGCGAGGAUAUGGACAGUUAUUUGAACCAGAAAGAAAGAUCAUGUAGUAGCUUG